GUCUCCCUGGCCCGGGGCCAGCGUCCCAGCCCCCUCGCCGCCGCCGCGCCGCGCUCCCGCCAGGGAAAACAACUGCUCACUUCUCCCUGCGUCCGCCCCGCGCGCUCCCUGCUUCCCGGCGGCCGCGAGCCCAGCCCGGCCGGGGGAGGCGCGCAGGGGCCGGCCGCUGGCCUUCCUCCCCCUCGCUCCUCCUCUCCGCCUCGACUUGCUCUGGCCUCCUCGCUCCGGCCGCAGUUUGGGGCCUCCGCAGGCCCCCGGCCCGGCUAGUGGCUGGGCUCCUUCCCGGGCCGGUGGAAGUUUCUGGGCUCCCCGCAAUCCAGCCUCCAUCUCUCGCCUCUCACCGGGCCCCCGCCUGCUGUCCCCUGCCCGCGCGCUUCCUCCGUGCCUCUCCCUCCCUCGCUGCCCUCUCUACCCCUGUCCCGGGCCCCCGGCUUGCUCCCCGCCUCGGGCGCCGGGACCAUAGCCCCCGCCCGGGCGCGCCCCCCGGGUCCUGCGGCCCCGGAUGCCCGGGCCCCGCGGGGCUGCUGGCGGCCCGGCCCCUGAGAUGCGCGGGGCGGGGGCGGCGGGGCUGGCGCUGCUGCUGCUGCUGCUGCUGCUGGGCCCGGGCGGCGGGGCCGAGGGGGGGCCGGCGGGCGAGCGGGGCGCCGGCGGGGGCGGGGCGCUAGCCCGCGAGCGCUUCAAGGUGGUCUUUGCGCCCGUGAUCUGCAAGCGGACCUGUCUCAAGGGCCAGUGUCGGGACAGUUGUCAGCAGGGCUCCAACAUGACGCUCAUCGGAGAGAACGGCCACAGCACCGACACGCUCACGGGCUCCGGCUUCCGCGUGGUGGUGUGCCCUCUGCCCUGCAUGAACGGCGGCCAGUGCUCCUCCCGAAACCAGUGCCUGUGUCCCCCGGACUUCACCGGUCGCUUCUGCCAGGUGCCCGCUGGAGGAGCUGGCGGGGGCACCGGCGGCUCAGGCCCUGGGCUGGGCCGGGCCGGGGCCCUGUCCACAGGCGCGCUGCCGCCCCUGGCUCCGGAGGGCGAGUCUGUGGCCAGCAAGCACGCCAUCUACGCGGUCCAGGUGAUCGCCGAUCCGCCGGGGCCCGGGGAGGGGCCCCCGGCCCAGCACGCGGCCUUCCUGGUGCCCCUCGGGCCAGGCCAGAUCUCAGCGGAAGUGCAGGCCCCGCCCCCCGUGGUGAACGUGCGUGUCCACCACCCGCCCGAGGCCUCCGUCCAAGUGCACCGCAUCGAGGGGCCCAACGCUGAGGGCCCGGCCCCCUCCCAGCACCUGCUGCCGCACCCCAAGCCCCCGCACCCCCGGCCACCCACCCAGAAGCCCCUGGGCCGCUGCUUCCAGGACACGCUGCCCAAGCAGCCAUGUGGCAGCAAUCCCCUCCCUGGCCUCACCAAGCAGGAAGACUGCUGCGGGAGCAUCGGCACCGCCUGGGGCCAGAGCAAGUGCCACAAGUGCCCCCAGCUGCAGUACACAGGGGUGCAGAAGCCAGGCCCUGUACGUGGGGAGGUGGGCGCCGACUGCCCUCAGGGCUACAAGAGGCUCAACAGCACCCACUGCCAGGACAUCAACGAGUGCGCGAUGCCAGGCAUGUGUCGCCAUGGUGACUGCCUCAACAACCCUGGCUCCUAUCGCUGCGUCUGCCCACCUGGCCAUAGCUUGGGCCCCUCCCGCACACAGUGCAUUGCAGACAAGCCGGAGGAGAAGAGCCUGUGCUUCCGCCUCGUGAGCCCCGAGCACCAGUGCCAGCACCCGCUGACCACACGCCUCACCCGCCAGCUCUGCUGCUGCAGCGUCGGCAAGGCCUGGGGUGCCAGGUGCCAGCGGUGCCCGGCUGACGGCACCGCUGCCUUCAAGGAGAUCUGUCCAGCUGGGAAGGGGUACCACAUCCUCACCUCCCACCAGACACUCACCAUUCAGGGCGAAAGCGACUUUUCUCUUUUCCUGCACCCCGACGGGCCCCCCAAGCCUCAGCAGCUCCCUGAGAGCCCCAGCCGGGCACCGCCGCCUGAGGAUGCAGAGGAAGAGAGAGGGGUGAGCACAGACUCACCAGUGAUCGAGGAGCAGGCAGCGCAGCAGAGCCACCCGACCGCCACCACAUCUCCGGCCCGGCCCUACCCUGAGCUGAUCUCCCGGCCCUCGCCGCCCACCAUGCGCUGGUUCCUGCCCGAUUUGCCGCCGUCCCGCAGUGCCGUGGAGAUCGCCCCUACUCAAGUUACAGAGACAGACGAGUGCCGACUGAACCAGAACAUCUGUGGCCACGGAGAGUGCGUCCCGGGCCCCUCGGACUACUCCUGCCAUUGCAACCCGGGCUACCGGUCGCACCCGCAGCACCGCUACUGCGUGGACGUGAACGAGUGCGAGGCGGAGCCGUGCGGCGCCGGCAGGGGCAUCUGCAUGAACACGGGCGGCUCCUACAACUGCCACUGCAACCGCGGCUACCGCCUGCACGUGGGCGCCGGGGGGCGCUCGUGCGUGGACCUGAACGAGUGCGCCAAGCCCCACCUGUGCGGCGACGGCGGCUUCUGCCUCAACUUCCCCGGCCACUACAAGUGCAACUGCUACCCCGGCUACCGGCUCAAAGCCUCCCGACCGCCCGUGUGCGAAGACAUCGACGAGUGCCGGGACCCUAGCACCUGCCCGGAUAGCAGAUGCGAGAACAAACCUGGGAGCUUCAAGUGCAUUGCCUGUCAGCCCGGCUACCGCAGCCAGGGGGGCGGGGCCUGCCGCGACGUGAACGAGUGCGCCGAGGGGAACCCCUGCUCGCCCGGCUGGUGCGAGAACCUCCCGGGCUCCUUCCGCUGCACGUGCGCCCAGGGCUACGCGCCCGCGCCGGAUGGCCGCAGUUGCCUGGAUGUGGAUGAGUGUGAGACUGGCGACGUGUGUGACAACGGCAUCUGCACCAACACGCCAGGCUCCUUCCAGUGUCAGUGCCUCUCUGGCUACCAUCUGUCCAGGGACCGGAGCCGCUGUGAGGACAUUGACGAGUGUGACUUCCCUGCAGCCUGCAUUGGGGGCGACUGCAUCAACACCAAUGGCUCCUACCGAUGUCUCUGUCCCCAGGGACAUCGGCUGGUAGGCGGCAGGAAGUGCCAAGACAUAGAUGAGUGCAGCCAGGACCCGGGCCUCUGUCUGCCCCACGGGGCCUGCGAGAACCUGCAGGGCUCCUACGUGUGCGUCUGUGAUGAGGGCUUCACGCCCACCCAGGACCAGCAUGGCUGUGAGGAGGUGGAGCAGCCCCACCACAAGAAGGAGUGCUACCUUAACUUCGAUGACACGGUGUUCUGCGACAGUGUACUGGCCACCAAUGUCACCCAGCAGGAGUGCUGCUGCUCGCUGGGGGCUGGCUGGGGAGACCACUGCGAGAUCUAUCCCUGCCCAGUCUACAGCUCAGCUGAGUUCCACAGCCUCUGCCCGGACGGGAAGGGCUACACCCAGGACAACAACAUUGUCAACUACGGCAUCCCCGCCCACCGUGACAUCGACGAGUGCAUAUUGUUCGGGGCGGAGAUCUGCAAGGAGGGCAAGUGCGUGAAUACGCAGCCUGGCUACGAGUGCUACUGCAAGCAAGGCUUCUACUACGACGGCAACCUGCUGGAGUGCGUGGACGUGGACGAGUGCCUGGAUGAGUCCAACUGCCGGAACGGAGUGUGUGAGAACACGCGCGGCGGCUACCGCUGCGCCUGCACGCCCCCGGCCGAGUACAGCCCGGCGCAGCGCCAGUGUCUGAGCCCGGAGGAGAUGGACGUGGACGAGUGCCAGGACCCGGCAGCCUGCCGCCCUGGCCGCUGCGUCAACCUGCCGGGCUCCUACCGCUGCGAGUGCCGCCCGCCCUGGGUGCCCGGGCCCUCUGGCCGCGACUGCCAGCUCCCCGAGAGCCCGGCUGAGCGUGCCCCGGAGCGGCGGGACGUGUGCUGGGGCCAGCGCGGAGAGGACGGCAUGUGCGCCGGGCCCCUGGCCGGGCCCGCUCUCACCUUCGACGACUGCUGCUGUCGCCAGGGCCGCGGUUGGGGCGCCCAGUGCCGCCCGUGCCCGCCGCGCGGCGCCGGGUCCCAGUGCCCGACGUCGCAGAGUGAGAGCAAUUCCUUCUGGGACGCGAGCCCCCUGCUGCUGGGGAAGCCCCCGCGAGAAGAGGACAGCUCGGAGGAGGAUUCGGACGAGUGCCGCUGCGUGAGCGGCCGCUGCGUGCCGCGGCCCGGCGGCGCCGUGUGCGAGUGUCCCGGCGGCUUCCAGCUCGACGCCUCCCGCGCGCGCUGCGUCGACAUCGACGAGUGCCGAGAGCUGAACCAGCGCGGGCUGCUGUGCAAGAGCGAGCGCUGCGUGAACACGAGCGGUUCCUUCCGCUGCGUCUGCAAAGCUGGCUUCGCGCGCAGCCGCCCGCACGGGGCCUGCGUGCCCCAGCGCCGCCGCUGACGCCGCCCUCGGCCCGGACCUCGGCCGUCACCGUGGGGUUUCCGCCCGACACUCGGGGCGAGCUCGGCCUGUCGCUUCUGCCCCGACUCAGGGCUCGGACCCAGGCAGCCUCGGGCCCGCAGACCCCUUCCCGCGCCCCGUGCUCCGAGGGCGCCCAUACGGGCUCUGCCCAGUUCAGGGGCGGAUGUUGGGUCUCUGGCGCUGCCGGCCUUCCUCCCAGAGGGCGUUUCCUAGAAACUGAUAAAUCGGAUCGUGCCAGUUUACUCUUGGCUUUCGAAACAAAUUGAUGUUCACGUCUGUGGUGGGCACGGCCUCCGCAGGGCAGCGCCAGCCCCCAGCCUCCUCGGAGGGGCUACACUGAGCCCAGCACAGGGGGUGUGAAAUAGAAUUUAUUGUGGCUCUGAUUAUGUACACGUGAGAUGCGCCUGGCCAGGCCGGCCGGGCUCGCAUGGUUUGUACAAUAAAUACAUCCGCGGGGCCUGCUCUCCGCGGCCGGGAGCGCCCACAUGGGAGGUUCAGUCCA